GAAAUCGGUCAAGCGGUCUCUGAAUCUCUCAUCAAAAGGGAUCAAAAUAAACACGUGUUUUUAGUUUAAUAUGGAUAUAGUUAACGAAAUACUUCGAAAAAGUGCCGAAAAUGGAAAUCAGAUUGGAGAAAUUACAGUGCACAAGGAUGUGGACCUGGAUAUCGAUGUGGGGUCACUCUUAGCUUCAGAUUAUAACACAAUUGACAACAAAAUCUUUAGCUCGAAACCGGAAGAAUUCAUUAAAGACACAACUCGAGAUAAUGUGCAGUUGUUAAUUAACAAAAUCUGGGAAUUACCAACUGAGCGACUUGAAGAAGCAAUAAUUGCCAAAUUGCCCAAAUCCACAUUUAUUACACCGCGAGCGCGUCGCGUUCCAAAACCAAAACCAUUGACAAAAUGGGAACAAUUUGCCAAAAAAAAGGGCAUCACCAAAAAGAAGAAGGGAACCUCUAAACUCAAAUGGGACGAGAUACUCAAGCCUCGGCUUCCAAAAGAAAAGGAUGCAAAAGAUAUUGCUUCGCAAGUUCCAGGAUUGAAGAGAAAACGGCCAGUUCCGCCGAAGAACGCUUUGGAAGAGAAACAACGAAAUUCUCAAGUCGUGGAUAGUAUUCUUAAAAACAGGAAUAAACUUCUUCGAAUAGACACUUCGGUUCCAUCUGCGAGUACGUCUUCGAGUACGCCGGAACGAAGUGGAAAAAAGAAAAAGGCGGGCGGAAAACAGCCAAAAGGAGCGAAAAAACCGAAAGCUGGUAAAGGAAAGAGAGAUCCACAUACAAAAAUUGGAGGUCGAAAGAGGAGGUAGGAAAGAAAUGUUGCCCUGAAAAAUAUUGUACGUUCGAUUGUAAAUGUUAUUUACUAAAAGUACAAUAAAUACAAAAUUUAAUAUGAUUA